CACAGAUAGAACUGAGCAAAAUCCGAUGAAGCAGUGGGUUUAUGCCCAUCAGCAAACCUCCCACUGCAUGCACUAUCGUCAAAAGAAACCAUUCAUCCCAAAGUGGAUUAAAUUCAGUAUCAAUCAAUCAACCACAACUAGCCCUGGCUCGGCAAUCGGGUCUGGAAUCGAAUACCCUUUCAACUAGCUGAGCUCAGCAACCCCGUUUCACUCAUUGACCUCAAGGUGGUCAAGGCGGAAAUAGAAGGAGAAGAAGAAAAGAAACAAACAAAACAUAGUUAAUCCAAAAAGAAAGGUAAAACAAGGGGGGAGGGGUGAGCAAAGAGAAGAGGAAGCUAAGCAAAAGCAAAGCGAAUCAUUCGACCGUUCACACGCCACAUGCAUUCGAUUCCUAAGCACCAGUCUCCGCCUAAAUACUUUCUCCUCGCGAGGCAGGAAACAUCACCCGUCUCCAGCUGGCGGAUUUCCGUGUUUCUUUCAUAAAUACCACCUAGUGCCAGCUGCUGGCCAUGGCAGACCUGCUGUCAACACAGACUUCACAUCUCGUCACCGCCAUCGCUCUUGCAGCAUCCCAAACCCUCCUACCGUCCUCAACAUCCACCUCCACAAUAUUUCUGCAUCAGCAACAGGAGGAGGGCGGCGGCGGCCCGGGCGGGGACAGUGACCGCGACAGUGGUGAAUGCCAGCUCCUCGGCUCCUUCGCGUUAAUCGUGCAGGCCGCACUGGGAGCCCUCGCGCUGCUGGCUCUGGUGUACAAGCGAUGGCGAGAACGGCCACAGCGGCCCGUGAAGGUAUGGGCCUUCGACGUGUCCAAGCAGGUCUUCGGUUCUGUCCUGCUGCACCUAGCCAACCUGCUCGCAUCGAUGUUUUCUGCUGGCCAGAUACCAGUGACGGCGACUUAUCAGCCCAACCCGUGCUCGUAUUAUUUGCUGAAUUUGGGGAUUGAUACAACCUUGGGCAUUCCCAUCUUAAUCUUGUUCCUCCGCAUCCUCAACCGCGCCGCGCUGUACACCCCGCUCGCCAACCCGCCCGAAUCCAUCGAAUCGGGAAACUACGGCCGCCCACCGAGCGCCUGGUGGUGGUUCAAGCAGUCCAUGAUCUACUUCUUCGGUCUGCUGUGUAUGAAAACCUGCGUCGUCGUGCUGAUCCACAUGCUCCCCUUCAUCGUCAAGAUCGGCGACUGGGCCCUCCGGUGGACAGAGGGCAACACAGCGGUCCAGAUUUUCUUCGUCAUGCUUUUGUUCCCCGUCAUCAUGAAUGCGAUACAGUAUUACAUCAUUGAUAUCUUUAUCAAGAAGCCGAUCCCUGUUGUGAGGUGUGAGCGAGUGCCGGGUGGAGACCUGGAUGGCAUUGAUAGCGAUGAUGAUGGCGUUGCUGGUGGUGCUGGUGCUGGUGGUAGGUUUGAUGAUGCAGGGAUACAGCGGCGGGAUGACGAUCGACAUCGACGAAGGGGUUUGCUGGCGGGGAUUGACGAUGAGGAUGCUGAAUUUUCGAGCGAUGAGGGAGACCGUGUCGUGUUUCCGGAUGAUGACGAGCGCGGGGUGAAGCAUUCGUUGGAGGCUGGUGAUAGAGGCAAUGGUGCCACGACUUGA